AUGAACUACGACUGCUCUUCACCGCCUUCCUACUCUCAAGGCAUGAACAAGUACUGGAUACCCCACAAAGAUAUUCACAAGAAGGUCAUCACUUCACACAUCCAGUUCUACCUGGGAUCCGAUGCCACAGUCAGGUCAUACACAAAAGAUGGCGAAGAUGGCUUCCUCAUCACGACACCUGGCGAAUGCUUGACAGAUGAACAAAUUGACGACCUCUGCAACAAGUCCAUGGAGAUGUGGGAGCGCCAGGCUGCCGCCCGAUCCUUGGCCGCCGCGGACGGUUCUUCGUCAUCCUUGUCCAUCUCGCCCAAGGCACCUCUCAAGCGCCCCUUACACCAACCCGUCGUCAUUGCUCGGGCCGGUGGCAGACGGUCGUCACACUCGAAAUCACACACACACUCGAACCGCAGCUCUGCGUCCUCUUCGUCUUCUUCUCAUCAUCACCACGGCCGGCACAGCCACAACCAUAGCUACUCAAGACAGCAGCAGUAUUUCCAAUAUCCACAGCAACAGCAACAGAGACAAUUGCCACGGUCACAACAGCAACACCAGCAUCACAACCACCAAGAACAACAGCAGCAGCAACAACACCAUCACCAGCAGCCCAAUCCACAGCAGUACCGGGGCCCACAAAACCAACCCUACAUUCAACAGCACCAAUACUACCCGCAGCCGUCCAGUACCCAGUCACAGCAAGCGGUACAACCGUGCCACUCUGGCUGGGAGCCCCUGUCGCCGACCCUUGACAGUGCAGUUUCUGAAGCUGAGAGACUGUAUUAA